CUGUAAUAUAUCGAUAGAAAAUCGUUUACAUGCAUCGGCGAUAUCUUAUCGGCAUUGACAGUGUGUACAAACAUUUGAAUUUUCUCUCAAUUGCACACACUGCGACACAAGCAGCUGUGCGACAACGUUGCGUUUUUCCCCAAAUUCUGACGAGCUUUAAGUUGUUGCAAAUUGCAAUAAAGUUGUAAAUAAAAACACGAAACGCACACGCAGCAGUCACUCGAGGGCUAGGAGAAAGGCGUGUCUGCAAAAGAAAAGCGGCACCGAUGAGCGUGGCAGCUGCAACGGGCGGCGCUGCCGGCGACAACAACAACAAAAACAAUAAAAGGUACUCAAAAUUGAAAUCAAGCGCUCUGGAUGAUCUCGUGCAAUAUGUGACAUUACACGUGCGCAAACCAACGCCACUGAGCGGUGUGGUACUGCCCUUUGUCCCGCUCUAUUUGACUGCAUUUUAUCUAUGGAUAUACGUGUACAAAAGCCACGACAGCGAAUCGCUCAAUGGUGUCGUUGAUCCGAGGGAGGCAGAAACAACGGCGGCGGCUGUGCCAACGGUAAAUUCUGAGGGUACAACCUGGAAUGAUAUUGGAUUUAUAGCUGUGUUGGGCAUAGCAUUUCUACAUGUGCUCACACUUCUCUUCUGUUAUUGGAGUGUGCAUGUUUUGGCCUUUCUUACUUGUCGACGUGUUAAAAAGCCGGCGCCCGGCGUCUUGGCCAAAGUCGUGCCCACGGAGAACAAUGGCAACUCAAAGAUCGUACCCAUACGCAGUUUGAAGCUAGAGGAUGGCACACAGCAGUAUUAUUUGGUAUUUCAGAAGACCAAAUACGUUUGGGAUGAGGAAAAAGCGACAUUCCGUGCUGUCGAGUUUCCAGUCAAUAAAUUACUAAGCUUUUAUGCCAACUCAUAUGGCCUGGAGACGGAGCAGGCAAUUAAGACGGCAACUCAGAGCUAUGGCAAUAAUGAAAUGGACAUGGUUGUACCCGAAUUUCAUGAGCUGUUCAUAGAGAGAGCCACCGCGCCAUUCUUUGUGUUCCAAGUGUUCUCAGUUGGCCUGUGGUGCAUGGAUGACUUUUGGUAUUAUUCCCUCUUCACGCUCUUCAUGCUGAUUGCCUUCGAGUGCACGAUUGUCAAGCAGCAGCUGCGCAACAUGUCCGAAAUACGCAAAAUGGGCAAUAAACCAUAUUUGAUAUACGCUCUACGCCAGAAGAAAUGGCGUCAUAUUGGCAGCGAUGAGCUGUUGCCUGGCGAUCUGGUGUCUAUAACGCGCUCCCAGAAUGAUAACAUUGUGCCUUGCGAUGUGGUAAUACUGCGUGGCAGCUGCAUUGUGGAUGAGAGCAUGCUCACUGGCGAGUCAGUGCCACAAAUGAAGGAAUCCCUAGAAUCAUUGCAACAGCUCAACACUGAAUUGGAUGUCGAGGGCGAUGGCAAACUGAUGGUUCUCUAUGGCGGCACCAAGGUGGUACAACACACAGCACCUAGCAAGGAAUCGAUGCGAGCUCCCGACGGUGGCUGCAUUGGCUACGUCAUUCGCACUGGCUUCAACACCUCCCAGGGCAAACUGCUGCGCACCAUUCUCUUUGGCGCGAAUCGGGCCACGGAGAACAAUGCCGAGACGUUUGCGUUUAUUGCCUUUCUCAUGGUAUUUGCCGUUGCAGCCGCAUCCUAUGUGUGGGUCAAGGGCAGCGAGGAUCCGGAACGCAGUCGUUACAAACUCUUUCUGGAGUGUGCAUUAAUCUUGACCUCAAUAAUACCGCCUGAUCUGCCCAUUGAACUCACACUAGCCGUUAAUACGUCCCUCAUUCAAUUAACUAAGUUAUUCGUGUUUUGCACGGAACCUUUUCGCAUUCCAUUCGCCGGCAAAGUGCAAAUCUGUUGCUUUGAUAAAACUGGAACACUUACGACGGAUAAUCUGAUGGUGGAGGGCAUUGCGGGUCUCACGCCGAAUGGUAAAUGUGUGCCCAUUGAUGAGGCACAGGACAGCACUGUACAAGUGCUUGCUUGCUGUCAUUCGUUGGCCCUGCUCGAUGAUGGCCUCGUGGGUGAUCCUCUGGAGAAGGCCGCUCUUGCUGCCGUUGAUUGGAAUCUCACCAAAUCGGACAGUGUAAUUCCCAAGCGUGGCAAACUCAAGCCCCUGCGCAUUGUGCAACGUUAUUAUUUCUCUUCGGCUCUUAAGCGCAUGUCUGUCCUGGCUGGUUACUUAGUGCCGUUCUCUAAUGAUAUCAACUAUAUUGGUGCAGUUAAGGGUGCUCCGGAAGUCAUCAUGGGCAUGUUGAAGACUGUGCCCAGCGAUUAUGAAAAGAUAUACUUGGAGUACGCUCGCCGUGGUGCCCGUGUCAUGGCUCUGGGCAUUAAGGAGUUUGGCACGCUUGGAGGUCAACGGAUACGUGAACUGAAACGGGAGGAAGUUGAAUGUGAUUUGACAUUUGCCGGCUUCGUCAUCAUUUCCUGUCCCAUGAAACCCGACUCCAAGUCGGUUGUCAAGGAGCUUGUUCAGUCCUCGCACAAGGUGCUCAUGAUUACGGGCGACAGUCCGUUGACCGCUUGUCAUGUGGCAAGGGAGCUACGAUUUACGAGUAAGAAAUUGGUGAUUCUAACACCGCCACAAGAGGGACGCACGGAUGAAUGGAGCUGGAUUACUGUGGAUGGUGAUCGCACUUAUCCACUGGACGAUACCAAGAGUAGCAAGAACAUUGCCAUGCUGCUAUCUACACACGAUUUGUGCAUCACUGGCGAGGGAUUGCAUUACUUAAAGCAUUCACACUACCAAUACAUGCUACAGGUGCUGCCCCAGAUUACGGUCUGUGCUCGCUUUGCGCCCAAGCAGAAGGAAUACAUCAUAACGACACUGAAGCAACUAGGUUAUUAUACGUUGAUGUGCGGUGACGGCACCAACGAUGUGGGUGCCUUGAAGCAUGCCCAUGUGGGAGUUUCCCUGUUGACCAGCGCACCUGUAAAGCGUAAGCGCACCGAGGAGGAGUUGCAGCAAAUUAGUGCAGCUGCCACUGCUGCUGCAGCAGCGGCAACGGCAGCUAACCAACAACUAUCGCCACGGGAGCGUGCUUUGCGUCGACGCCAGGAGCAUAUUAACCAAACGCAGGCGCGUCUUCAAAACGCCAUACGUGACAUGGAGGAACAGACAAUGGUGAAGCUGGGAGAUGCAUCUAUUGCGGCGCCAUUCACAAGCAAAUUAUCAUCAAUCAUGUGCGUGAACCACAUCAUCAAGCAGGGUCGCUGCACUCUAGUGACCACACUGCAAAUGUUCAAAAUCUUGGCUUUAAAUGCGCUCAUUCAGGCUUAUUGCCAGUCCGUUCUCUAUAUUGAUGGUGUUAAAUUUAGUGACACACAGGCCACCAUGCAGGGUAUCUUUGUUGCCGCCUGUUUUCUGUUCAUCACGCGCUCUAAGCCACUGAAAACGCUUUCGAAGGUGGCACCACUGCCAAACAUAUUCAAUUUAUACACUAUUUCCACAAUUCUCACACAAUUCGCAGUGCAUUUUGGCGCACUAUAUUAUUUGACCAGUGAAGCAUCGGCGCUGGCGCCGCCCAGAGUCGGCAAGGUAAAGCUGUAUAUUGAUAUGGAUACUGAAGAAAAAACCAAAUAUGAUCCGAAUAUUGUCAGCAGCACGGUUUAUAUAAUUUGUAUUUCUCUGCAGGUAGCCACCAUUGCAGUUAACUACAAGGGGCAUCCCUUUAUGGAGAGCCUGCGCGCCAAUCGUAUGCUGAUGUGCGCCAUUGGCGCCUCGGCUACUUUAGUCCUAUUCCUGACCACAGGCGCUGUGCCCGGCUUGACGCAAUUCUUUGAGAUUGUCGAUUUUCCAACAAAUUUCCGCAUGACAUUGCUUACUGUGCUGAUUGUAGAUAUCGUUGGCGCCUUUGCAUUGGAUCGCAUUUGUUCAUUCCUGUUUGGUGAAACGCGUCGCAAGUCCAAAGUCCUGAACUGUUAAAACUAUAGGACUAACUUUAACUUAAAUAACUUACAACAACCACAGCACGACUUAGACAGCAGCAAUCUAUUUUGAAUAUUCCCAAAUGUACGAUUUUCAUAAAUUGAUAAGUUUUCAAAUUUUCUAUUUGCUUCUGCUGCAACUCGUAUUAAAAAUUUUGUGGUUUUCGGCGUCGGUUUUCUUAAAUGUUUAAAUAAUGAAAUUAAUCGAAAGAAAUUAAUGCAAGUAAU